CGCACACGCAAACGCAGGAGGCGUACAGCGAGGUUUCCGCUUCUCAGUUGGGCUCGGACCGCGGCUCACGAAAAACACCGUGUGUAACGUACAAGGUUGACGCACUAAGGUAAGAAAAAAAGCAAGAAGCAAGCGAACCAACCGAGCACAAAAAAGAUGUCUGAAGCCAAGUACCGCGAAUGGAUCCUGGACACUAUCGACUCGCUGCGGUCGCGAAAAGCCCGGCCGGACUUGGAGAGGAUUUGCCGAAUGGUCCGGAGACGACACGGGUCCGAGCCCGACCGAACCUGUGCAGAACUAGAGAAACUGAUUCAGGAACAAACCGUGCUCAAAGUUAAUUACAAGGGCUCUAUUUCAUACCGGAACGCCGCCAAGGUUCAGCGAAGAAGCAGAAAAAAAGACGAUGUAACCACGGCUGCGAGAAGGAGCGCGGUGGAAGAAGCCAGUCAUUCUGACCUGAGCAACGGGGACAGCGCUUUCGGUCCCGUGGACCAGGACGAGGAGGAUUUGGAGGCUGACACUUCAAUGGCGAUGGACACGGACAGUAAUGCAGACGAGGAGGGGGCUGAUGAGAGCCGGGAUGGGCAGGACGGACCCUCUCCUGGCCGCCCUGAGGCAGAUGCCAGCGUGCGCUGUGCCCCUGUGCGUGCCACCUCAGCCCCCUGCUCUCCCUCUGGCACUCGGCCUAGCCCCGGCUGUGGACCCGUCUCCGGCCUGGACUGUGCCUCUGUACAGAAGGCUGGUGAGAGGCCCAGCUCCUUGCCCCCCCCCAGCCCCAGGGCCCUCACACACAAUGACUGGGCCUAUCAUUCUGCUGUGUGCCCAACGGAGCGCCAGCACCCAGGAAUGCAGAGAGACAAAGCAGCAGCCACAAAGCCAGCCGUCCACUCUGCAGCUACCAGCCCCUGCGCUUUAAAGAACAACGUGAAGAAAGAAGAUGGAGGCCAGGCGGUGGAAAGUGGCCUUUCGUCUGACCAGUUGGUACCAGACUAUGCAGCAGGGCUGCAGGAAGAAACCAGGAAUGUAUCGGAUGGAAGACCACAGGCACUGUCUUUGCCAUCUGACAACUGUACAUUAAAGAACAAGUUAGAUAUAACGUCCUUCCCAGCAGAAGAAGUCAGUCUUCUGAAUGGUGUUAAAGAUGAUGAAGUCUCUGUGAAGAAGGAGAACAUGAGCCAGAACCUGAUGCAGUGGACUGUGUCAGAUGUGGCCAGCUACUUCUCAGCUGCAGGCUUUCCAGAGCAGGCUGUGGCGUUUCGAACACAGGAAAUUGAUGGGAAGUCCCUUCUCCUAAUGCAGCGCAGUGACGUUUUGACUGGUUUGUCUAUCCGACUCGGCCCUGCCCUCAAAAUCUAUGAGCGACAUGUGAAGGUGCUGCAGAGGACCCACUUCCUGGAAUACGACGACGUCUGAAGUGGGAUGCACAUAACAAACAGACAAUGCUGCAUCGACCCAAACAUUCAUGCAGUGCCCUCUCCCAUCUAUAUACUACCACCCACCUUCAUAUACUGAAUAUGUAAAGGGUGAGUGGGGGGGGGGGGCGGCCUGCGGUGGAAUGAUCUUUCACUGUGAAUGAUCAUAAACUGUAAAACAGUCAUCCUACCUCUCAUUAUGCCGUUUUAGUUUUCAAAUGGUUUUCAUUUCAACCGUGCAGUUGAAUUGCAUCGUCAAGGGAAUGGACCGGUACGUUUAGAGUCAUCUUUGGAGGAGCAAUGAAUUUUUCUGCAAAAGAUGGAUAAUGCAGCCAUUGAGGCGGACUGAGACCUGCACCAAGUGGACCACCUAUAGGUUAAUGUACCCACAGACAUGCUGCACUGCACCGUGCUGCCAGCAAAGCGUUACAGCUUUUGGUUCACACAAAACUGUCGGUUUCUAUCUGACUCUAAACCUGAUUUCCUGCUCGAUCUGUUAUGAUGCCUUCUAUGAGUCCGGAAGCUCUUUGAAGUCACACAGAUACACAUGGAGCACAUCUGUUGUGAGAUUUCCUUCAAAUCCGUUUGUGCUGGGGAAGUCAGACUAUCCAUAUCUGCAUCACAAGUCUGAUUCCUGACUCAUCAUGCUACCAACAGCUGCUGAUGUUGGACUAUGUCAUGUGUAACCAAUAUGAUAUACCACUACCUGCUGGGAAGGCAAUAUGUUUGUUUGUUUUCAUCUAUUUUUUUAUCUUAUUCAGAUCUGACUGUGGUCCAACUAUUAACAUUUUGGGGAACAAUUGCAGACCAGAGAAAUGCGGGGCCUAAUGGAGUUUGCUUACAUACAUAAGCAAAAAUAAAUAAUACACUUCGGGAGAUGUUAUUGUUAUACUGAAUAUAUUAUUUGAAAUUAAAUACAGCUGCUUCGUGCCUGUUUACAGAGCAGGUAUCUUGAUCAAAUGCAAUAUUUUUAAUUUAUCAUCCAUUCAUAAAUUGUCCAGUGUCUCUUUUGUAUGUAAGCUAGCCUCUUGAAUUGUAACAUUCCAUAAGCUGUAGUCCACAUGUCCGAUGUGUUUUGUCCCAUUUUUAUCUGUAACGAAACGCUUCUUCCAGAUUCACGAAUAAAGCUUGUCUCUCUGUUUAGUCA